AUGGCACCUCGGCUUCGAAACCCCGCCCCCCCCAGGGCGGGCGCAGGACUUGAAAAUGGCGCGUUUCCGCCUCAGCCGGAAGUUUCUCUGCUCGGGCUCUUCCUUCUCUAUGGCCACCGCCCGAGAGAACUUCCCGUAUGCGGAAGCGCCCGCUUCGUCGCUCGGCUGGGACAUGUAACGGUCGCCGUCGCCAUGGAGACGCCCGGCACGAGCGUUCUCCUUUCCCAGUCAGAGGAAGCACUGGCUUUGCCAAACGAAAGCAUAAAUUCUCCACUGCCAAACCUAACACCAAGACACCAAGAGCUGAUUGCCACGCCGUGCGGUCCUAUCAAACGAUGGUCCGAACUGUCAUCCCCUGUCAAGAUCUACUUCUGUGUCACUAUCCUUUCGUUGUUGAGUGUCAUUGGAUUAACUAUCGAGACCCUCAUCCAGCAGAAAAAUGAAGAUUUUACUGUGUCUCUCAUCCAGAUCAUUGGCCUUGUUUUCUGCAUCUAUUACGUCAGCCGGGGAAUCCUGCAGGAGAAUCGGCAGGAGCUCGUCGUCUUCGUCCUCUCUAUCGCCUUGGUCAUGCUACGCUCCGUGAUCAACUUCACCGUCCUGCCCGCCAAGCAGAAGCCGGAGUUGUUGGCUCGCUUCGUCCUGAUCCUUCUGGUGGGGGCCUUCGACGUCUGCUGCGCCGUGAUCCUGAUUCAGAGCGAGAGCCGGAUGGCCUUCCGGGUGGGCGGCGCGUUGGAGAGCCUUCAAGCCCAGUAUUUCAUGCUAAACCUCUGCUUUUCCAUGCUGACCUUUGACCUCCAGGCUCAGCUCUGUUUGUGCGUCCUGCUGCUGACCACAACCCGGGAGAUUUCGAAUCUCCACAGCGUGUUCCUGGCUGCUGGGAUUUGCUGGGCUGUUCUGAAGGUGGCCUGUGGCAUAACUGCAAUCUUAAAAGAGUUAAAACCUCUCGCCUGGAUUUUUGUGAUUCAGAAUUUACCAGAAGUGGCUUAUCUGGCUUACCUCCUCUACGCAGUGAUAACAGAAUGGGGCCAAGGGAACUCUUAUGCCUUGGAAGCUGCUAUCAUCACCUGCUCCUGCAUUUCGGUGAUGAUCAAAAGCGUUCUGUUCUGGGCGCUGUUUCACGUCUACCAGAGUUUUGGCCAAGGUCUGAGAGAGAGGAUGUUUUCUUCCUAUGGAAGGAUCGAUUCGUGAUCCGCUUCUCCAUCGUCAAACCGAUGUGCUCUUAUAGAGUGAAAAACCAAAUUGGGAAAAUGUGAUUCCCCCCACCCAAAAUCUUCUGCCCCCCUCGGUUGGACUCUUGAUAGACAAGCAGCAGCAGAGACUCGAUCCCAAGGGAGACCUUUGCUCUGCCUUCUAGGAUUCCAUUCUGCCUCGCUGGAUCUCCGGGAUCACCCCUGCCAGCCUGCCUGCCUGCCUUCCUUCCUCGCACGGAAAAGCCAACAAAACCACCCAUCGUCCCCAAUUCUACAUUCGGAGCACCUUCCCGUUGUAGCUUGCGCUGCAAGUGGCCUUUCUCGCGCUGGGGUCUGGCAUUUGCUCCCCUGGCUGUAUUGGAAUCCCCCCGUUUUUAUUUUUAUUUUUUAAUUUUAGGCACUGCAACCGUUGGUAUGUCUGAGCUUGACCGACGGGGGCAGAAUUCGGUUGCCAAAUCGCAAAGCGGAUCCCCGCGGGUGCGGCUGUAGUUUCAAUCAAAACCUUUAAAAGAGCCUCGGGCCCCGGAUUUUUCGACCUGGCCUGACCCGCUCUCCGAUCCAGUUUGAAACCAGAAAUGUUCCUCUUCCAUCACUCCUGUUUACCGCUGCACUAUUCGUUACCGAGGGAGCUGCCUGUUUUUCACGCUUCCAAGGUUGCAGGGAAAUGGGCUGUCAUUCCAGUUGGCGAGGUUACUUCACUUCCUUGGCAGGCACCCGAGGAGAACACCUCUGCCCUCCUGGUGCGAUGCCAGAGGCAAAAAAGCCAGUAGCAUACCGGUUGGCAUAGGGCUGGUUCAGUUUUGCAUGCACCCUUGUAGAAAAGGCACGAGUUUUUGUCCUACUGGAAGAAUUUCGGGCCAGGAUGCAACGAAGGCAGGACAGAGUGAACGGUAAAACUGUUGGGCUUAAAAUUGUCCUACCCAUGUUGCAAAAACUGGGCCCUUGCAAGGAGCAGCAUGUCCAUCAACCAUCUUUCCUCGAAAAUAAGCCCUCCCCGGAUAGUAAGACCUCCCCCGAAAAUAAGCCCUCCCAAAAAAUAUUUAAACGCACGCGCAGCCAGUCCCCGCCAUUUCCUCUGGUUAGGGAGACGGAGCUGGAAAUCCGGUAAGAUGGCAAGAGGAGCCCCGUCUUGCUCCAAUAAUAAGACCUCCCUGAAAAUAAGGACAAGCGCUUAUUUCAGGGUUCAAAAAAAUAUAUAAGACAGGGUCUUAUUUUUGGGGAAACACGGUAAAUCAGACCCACGUGAGGUUCUGUCUCUCAAACUUUUGGCCCUAACCGGAGGGUCUUCCAGCUGUUAUUUCUUUCGGUCAAUAUUAGCACGGCAGAUUUCUUGCUGCCCUCUUUGAAAAGUUCAAAACGCAGUCUUAAAAUUUUCAGUGCUAGUUUGGUCCUAUCUUUUCAAAACACAACACACACACACCCCACCCAAGCAAUGCGAGUUAUCUUUAAUCGAGCUAUUCUUCGUAACAAAGUGAUUUUUCUAACAAAAACCCAGUAUUUCAUACUCUAAUCAUAUUGCUUUAUUUAAAUAAAUAAAUAAAUAAAUAAAUAAAUAAAUAAAUAAAUAAAAAGAU